UUGUAACGUCACAGUUAAACUUCAAACAAACCUCAAAUCAAUGUUAGAUCGUAACCACAGUAAACUAUGGUUGAUACAACUGAAUUUUACUUAGUACAGGAGGGUAUUAAAAGGAAUAAAGAGUCCAUACGACUUCAGGAUUCUAUAGGAUUGAUGAUCUGGAACCGCGCACACGCAGAAUUAACAUAUCUGCAAGAAAUCGAAAGCUGGAAAGACAAAGUCCAAAGUGAAGAAUCUAGAGAUGAGUCUGACGGCAAAGGCCUCCUUGAUUUCGUUAAGCCGGCCCUGACUGGAGAGGCGGACCGAGCCGCUGAGAUCCACAGGGACAUCUAUAACAAACUGAUGUCAAAAACAGGCCCUUAUCAAAACAUUAUCAAACACACUAGAAUGGAGCAGGAAACUAGUAAAAGAACGAGGCUGAAGGCAAUAGAGGAGGAAUUUAAUUCAUUCAACAGGAGGCGUAGUGAACUGGAACAUAAUGUUAAAAAACAAACUCAGUCUGUAGACAGCAUGAAACUCCGUUUAGAUGGAUUGGAACAAAAAUUGUCCAAACGAAGCAGACUCACAGAUGGAAGGCGUUCAGCCAGGGGCAUGCGCAAACUAGAUUCCAUCAAUGCCCAGGUGUCUCAAUUACGAAAACGCAUCGAGACUUCAACUGCAUCCUGCAAGAAAGACGAGGCAGAGCUUCAGGACCUCAUAGGCAGCAAAAGGAAGACUCUUAAGAAAAUGUUUCAAGAGCUCAAAGAGUUGGACAAAGGAAGGCUUACUGUAAUUCAUAAAGUUAUCAUGCAGUACGUCACAGAGAUCAUCCCAUCAAGUGAUGCAAUCCGUGAAAGUAUUAAAGAGGUCUCCAAAAUAUCAAAGAACCUGCAAACCGUAGAUAUUGAGGAAAUUCACAAUCACAACUGGGAUAGGACAGAGAACAAAGCAAGACUCAAGAAAGCGGGGCUCGUGAUGGGCUUCGAUAUGUUUCUGGUGACCAAUCCAUCAUUACGAACUCAGGAUCUGGACCUCACCGAACAAGGAAAGGAAGCGAGGGACAGAGUGCAAGCCAUUAGAGGAGAUACGCCAUUGCGAGGUUCCGUAUCCGAUGAAGACCUAGAGGGGCUAGAAGAGGAUCAGCCUCAUAGAGCAGCGAACGUUCAGUCAGCUCAGAGCGUUUCUUCAUGUCCCUCUAAAUCUAACACGACACCGAAUAAAACACCUGUCAUGAAGAAACCCUCUUUGCUGGUGUCAGAGAUUUCCCCAGAGGAAUCAAAUCUUGAACUAGAAACGAUUCAGCUAGUUAAAGACGACACACGAUGUCGACUCCCUACCCCAUUCACUGUGAAGCCAUUUUGUGUUCGUAAGGAAGCUCCGGGACCCAGCAAAAGCAUUGAGGAAGUCAGUCUGCUUAGAAGCGACGAGGAGGACUUGUCUGAAGUAUACAGCAAUGAUGAGAGCGACGAAAGAAGCGAUGAAUAUAUCACCAAAUCAAAAUUUGGCAACGAUUGCGAUGAUGAUGAAGAUGAGGGGUUUGAAGAUCCAUCCUCCUCCAGAAAUCAUGUCGUGGAAUUUGAUUCAAAAAAUGUCCGUCUAUACUCCAGGCUGAAUGUUGAUCAGCCAGAGAGUAUGAUGCCAACUCUGGUAGAUGGUGAUAUCGGGACAUUGAGAAACAUCCGGGUUAUUGCCAACAGGAAUUAUAAAGCUCGGACCAUUAACGAACUCAAUCUAAAGAAAGGGCAAGUCGUCAAGCAGAAGAUUGGGGAAAACGAGGACGGAUUCGCAUAUGGAUGGACACGUGAAAGUAAGCUGUCCUCCAAACAGUACGGCUGGUAUCCAAUAAGUGUCGUAUCCUACAAGUGAAUAUCCGAAAAUCGAAUUGUUCUCCGAUAAAGCUGGAUUAACUGAUAUAAAUUUUAUGCAUUAAGGCUCACUUUUAUUAUAAAGGAAAAUGAAUUGAAGAAAUGCUGAUAGCAUUGUAUUAAAGAAAUUAAUGAUUUGUUAAAACAGACACUACUUAUUGAAAUUCUGAUAAAGAGAAAGUGAAAUGAAUGAAUAAUAUUAAAAUAUAAUGAAAGAAAUUCAUUUGACAAAGAUUCUAUUUUGAACUUUGAAUUCUGGAUCUGUGAGGCAGUCAUUUCAUGUAAAUGGAAACAAAAUAAAUGAAUCUGGAACUGCA